GCUCAGAGGGCGGUCUGCGCUCCGCUGUUCUCCACUGAUGCGCGGGUGGGCGGGGAGCGCCCUCGCCAACCCCUGGCCGGGCGUCAGGUCGGAGUGCGGGCCUUGGGCUUCGCUCCUUUAGAGUCGUCCGUCCUCUACCCGCCCGGUUCGCUAUGUAUGACCGCGCCCCCCGAUUGCUCAGCUUGGCUGCCCUUGGCAGCACCGAGGAGCAUGUAGGUCCUGGAUCCUACCAGGUGUCUUUCCCUAAGCGGCAGGCAACAGGUGGCUGUGCUCCAUUUCUUUCUUCAGCUGCCAGACAAAGUGCUUUUACUGGUUUCUCCCACCCUGAUGAAGUUGUUCCAGGCCCAGCAGACUAUGAUGUUUCAGAAGCACAGCAUUAUAUAAAAGGAUGCCGUAGUCUGCAAAACCGAGAAAAACGUUUUAAAGAGAUUAUUUCCGAUAAUCCAGGACCUGCAAGUUAUCACCUGUCUUAUCCUAGAACAUUAGCUAUCAUGAAAAGACAAAUACUAGAAAAAAGUUCAAGAACAUCUGCAGUUUCUAAAAGUGUCUAUGUUCCUUCAAUUCCUUCCUGUGGAAAGUCAUAUGGUUACCAUAUUAAUGAGGAUGACAGUAUUAUAAAAUGUUCUCCACCUGAUAUUGAUAGCACAAUAGGUCCAGCAUACUAUAAACCUCAAUUUGAAGUUCCCAUUGCAACUUUGAAAUACAGAGGUGUACAUUUUGGCAACACUUCAGGAAGACGAGAGUUGCCCCCAAAAUUGGGGCCUGGUCCUGGACAGUAUGAUAUCACCCAGAAAAAGAAAUUAUACUGUGAAAAUAUAAACAUCAAGAAAGAUCAACAGAAGAAUUGUUACAGCUCAUUUAUCCCACGGUUUUACGAAAUAAUAGCACUGCAGGAGGAAAAAAAGGGAGUACCAGGGCCUGGAAAAUAUGACAUUCAAAGUCAAUUUCAGAAGACUGGAAGCACAACAAUGAAUGUAAAUGAUGGAUCUCCUGCUUUUCUUUCUCAGUGCGAGAGAUUUGUACCUGCAAAAUCAAUCACUCCAGCUCCUGGCACAUAUAAUGAAACUCGGACUGCUUUCAAGUACUGGAAGAAAACUUCAGGACUGAAAAAUGCCUCUUUUGGUCAAAGUACUCCUCGGUUCAUGCAGGACUCCAGGGCAGAGGAAAUGCCAGGUCCUGGUUCUUAUAAUAUCUUAAAUGAUACUAUAAGUACUAGAAAUUUAUGUUUGAAGAAGAAAAAGAGUAUUCCAUUUGGUUCUUCUGUCCCUCGAGAUUUGUUCAUAAUUCAGGAGGAUUUUAGUACUCCCUCACCUUGUGACUAUCAGGUUGAUAAAACUCCUGAUAAACUGCCUAACUUGACUAACAAAAAUGCUGCUUUCUUGUCAAGAACAGAAAGAAUGAGUAAAAAACGAGAUAUGGUUAUUCCAGCACCAGGCAGCUAUGAUGUUCAUAAAUCCUAUGAGAUGUCUCAAGUUAAACAUAACUACAUGCCACCCCGGAGUUUUGUGGCUGCAUGGAAACAUAGCUCCUUUCUUAGUGCAACUCCUCGAUAUGUGGGAAAAAUAACUGAUUCUCCAGGGCCUGGAACAUACAAUCCUGUUUUAAGGAAGUCUUGCCCCAUACACUCAUUUGUUAAAUCAACAAAGCGUUUUGAAGAUCCCAAAGAGGACUUUUCUCCUGGACCAACAACAUAUGAGGUUUGUUGA